AUGGCGUCCGCGUCGUCAGGGUCCAUAGAGAACUCACCACCAACGACUGGGACCUCGUCGAUGGAAUCAGACGCUUCAUCAAUAAAUCCCACACCUGUUGCGUCAGAAAAGCCGCCCGAUGAUACCUCAAAGCUCCGUAUGUUCUUGGGGAUUUUGCGGAAGUUCAUAGGUGUCACGGACAUUGCUUCUGUUCGAUUCUCGUUGCCAGCUCAGCUAUUGGAACCCACGCCGAACCUCGAAUAUUGGAAUUAUCUUGAUCAACCGAACACAUUUGUUGCCAUUGGAGACUCAGAUGAGCCGCUUGAUAGGAUGCUGGAGGUAUUACGGUUUUGGUUCACCAAGGAUCUUAAAUAUGUCAAGGGAAAGCCUUGCAAGCCGUAUAAUUCCGCCCUCGGCGAAUUUUUUAGGUGCAACUGGGUAGUGGAAGACCAUGCUCCGCCAAUACCUAGCCUUAAAGCUCUCUCCGAGAGCUCGGAAUCCUCUACCAAAUCUAUUAAAAGCAGGCCAACCACUCCAUCGGUCGCUGCUACAAAGGUUGGGAAGAUAACACCUGUUGUUCCUUCGGAACCCGUCACAGUUUCGUCCCUUACAGAACAAACAUCACAUCAUCCCCCGGUCUCAGCAUUCUAUGUCGAUUGCCCAGCGAAGGGUAUCUCCGCUCGCGGAUUCGAUCAACUUUCUGCGAAGUUUACCGGUACGAGCAUAAAAGUAACGCCAGGAGAGCACAACCUGGGGAUAUUUGUCACGCUUGAGAAGCGGGACAACGAGGAGUACCAACUCACUCAUCCUGCGGCGCAUCUGGCAGGUUUACUGCGGGGUAGUUUGAGUGUGACAGUGGGAGAUCAAUGUUAUGUGACCUGCACGAAGACCAAGAUCAAAACUAUCCUCAAUUAUUUGGAGGAAGGGUGGCUGGGAAAGACCCAAAAUAAGAUGGAAGGGGUGGUAUUCCGCUACGACCCCGACAACGAUAAUAUCACAAAAAUACGAGAUGUUCCUGAAAAGGACAUCUUGGCACGGGUGCAAGGCAAUUGGAAGGAGAAGGUCUACUUCUCCUUAGCCCCUAAAUUUGAUACCCAACUUCUCUUAAUAGAUCUUACCCCGCUAUCCGUGGCACCUAAAAUUCUCCCUCCAUUCGAAGCACAACUCCCUAAUGAAUCCGUACGGUUCUGGUCUGGAGUAACCGAAGCCAUCAAAACGCGGCAGUUCUCCCGCGCUACCACAUUGAAGCAGGAAUUAGAAGAAAGACAGAGAGAAAAAGCUAAAGCGCGGGAAGAGUCAGGCACAAAAUGGCAGCCGAGAUUCUUUACUGGUGUCGUUACACCGCUUGGGAAACCGGAGUUGACGGACGAGGGUCGGAAAGUUCUGGAUGGUUUGCAUCAGGGAAAAUUUGAGCUUAAGGAGAGCGAUGUCCUUGGUGCUUAA